AUGGGGCCAAAGAGACAGACAGUAUCACUCCAAGAGAAAAAGAACCGGAUUCUGAACUUUUUUCAAGAGACGUACACAUUCUACAACAUCAAGGAAUUAGAGAAAAGCAUACCUAAAAAAUGCGGAAUCUCACCCAUGAUCGUUAAAGAUUUAGUGCAACAAAUGAUUGAUGAAGACGGCGUCAUUUCGGUGGAAAAAUGUGGUAAUAUUAACAUCUACUGGUGCUUUAAAAAUCAGACACUGCAAAAAUUGUAUGAUUCAAGCGAGUUGAUAAAAAAAAAGAUACAGGAAGUAAAGUGUGAUAUUGCCACUUAUAAACAAGAACUAGACAAAACGCUAGCAACUGGAAGGCGUAAAAAAUUUACGGUAGGCCAAAAAUCAUACAAUAGGGAGGCUCUACUGGAAAAGAGAAAAAAAAUUCAGGAUGAAAUUAAGAAAAAGAGUAAUAGUCUCCAAAAAAUAGAAAGCAUUAGAUGGGAUGCAGCAAAAAUACAAGAGAAUAAACAACAGAUCCGCCUAAAAAAAGUGCAUCUGGAGAAAACUACUGAUAACAUUGAGAUUCUCAUUGAUUAUUUAUACAAGAAAUUCUUUUUGAAGCCAGAACAGAUAAGAAAAGAAUUUGGAAUUCCAGAAGAGUUCAAGGAAUUUACGGAGGUUUAA